CCGGCCUCGGCCCCGGUGGCGGCGCGGCGAGCACCAUGCUGGCCACCCGGUUGUGCACCAUGUGGAAGCUUCCUUCUGUUCUGGCUAGGACACUCACUUCUGGGACCAGUGGCUCCUCAGCGCUUCCUGACAUGUCUGAAGGACACUUACCUAUUCAUGUGAAUAAUGUGCGGAGCAGAUUGAGGGAUAUAGUGGGAGCAUCUACCAACUGGAGGGAUCACGUGCAAGCAAUGCAAGAAAGAAAAGCUCUUCAUACUUUACUGGCAAAACGGCAGGAAGAUCUCCCUCCUAGGAGAAUGAAAGACAGCUACUUGGAAGUUAUUCUGCCUCUAGGAAGUCAACCUGAAAUAAGAGAAAAGUAUCUGAAUGUAUACAACAGUGUAAGGUUUGGAAGGAUACUUGAAGAUCUCGACUGUUUAGGAGUUCUUAUUUGCUACACUCACACCAAGCAGGAAAUGCAGCCAAGGUCUCCCUUAUCAAUAGUUACAGCUCUGGUGGAUAAAAUCAAUUUGUGCAAGAAGAUAAUAUAUCCAGACUGUGACAUCAAAUUCACAGGCAACAUUUCUUGGGUUGGAAGGACCUCAAUGGAAGUGAAGAUGCAUAUGCUGCAGCUACAUGACGGUGAUUACAGCCCUGUGUUAGAUGCAACCUUUGUCAUGGUGGCUCGGGAUCCAGAAAAUAAACGGCCAGCAUUUGUUAAUCCACUCGUUCCUGAGACCCCUGAGGAAGAAGAAAUCUUCAAGCAAGGGGAAUUGAACAAGCUGAAGAGGAUUGAUUUCAGCACUUCCUCCUUGCUGAAAAUGGCUCCCACUGCAGAAGAAAGAAACAUUGUUCAUGACAUAUUCCUUAAUACAUUGGACACAAGGACAGUAAGUUUCCAGAGUCGUAAAUUACCACCCAAUUCAGUAUGGAUGGAAGAUGCGAAGCUAAAAGGCCUACAGAUUUGCCAUCCUCAGGAACGGAACAUCUUUAAUAGGAUCUUUGGGGGUUUUCUCAUGAGAAAGGCAUUUGAACUGGGAUGGGCAACUGCUUGCAGCUAUGGGGGUUCCAGACCUUUUGUUGUAUCUGUUGACGAUAUAAUGUUUCAGAGGCCAGUUGAGGUUGGAUCCUUAUUACUGCUUUCUGGACAGGUCUGUUACACAGAAAAAAACUACAUCCAGGUUCGAGUACACAGUGAGGUUUACGACGCAGAUACCAGGGAGCACCAGACAACCAAUAUCUUCCAUUUUACAUUUAUAUCAGAAAAUGAGGUCCCACGGGUUGUCCCCAAAACUUAUGGAGAGUCCAUGCUGUAUUUAGAUGGGAAGCGACACUUUGCUGCAAUCAUGAAAGAAAUCUGACACACACUGAAUGCUGCAUCAGCAGUGUAGCAGCAUGCUGUCUUGGAAAGAGUUGUCACCAGAGAUGGCUGACAGGCAGGUGCUUGCAAUACUAAAAAAAACCCACCCCAAAACAAAACUCCACAACAAAAAAUACCUUUUAAGUGCUAUUUAUGUAUUUGCAUAUAUUUGGAUUUUUUAUUCUCUGCUACUAGGAUUUGUUGGAACUCUACUUUUACAUGCUGAUGCUAGGAAAAAAGCCUGAAAAAAUACAAUCUUAAGCCUUAGAUAGCUUCUUUUUGUCUGCUUUGAGAGAUUUCAUCAUGACCUUUGCUGUCUUGUCACCAUCUGCCUUCUUUCCCUUAGUAGCUCUCCUUUGUGUUUCCCUGAUAAGGGAUAGAAGUUCUAUCAGAAAAAUGUGUGCAAUAAGUAGAUGUACACAGAUGAAGCCAUUUGAUUUACAUUCUUGUGUAAAUUAGGUUUAGGGUCUUUUUUUUAACAAGGACACAUGCAUCUGGGAAGCAGCAUAAGCUCAGAAGUUACUAGUGUGUGCACAAUGUAAAGCAGGUGUUUCCCAUCAGCAGGGAUUUUACAGUGUUGUUGCAGCUUCUGUUUUGGAUGGUUUCAUGUUCCCUUGGGAGGAAACUAAUUUUUGCAAUGAAAUGAGGUGGCCAGAUGGUCUCUUCUGGCAUUCUGUUUGCGUACAGCCAGUCCUUGCCAGCCUCUUCUAACUUUUUUUUUUGCUAUAACUGUGAGCGAGUUCCUUAAUGAAUUAUUUCUCAUGGCCUGUAGAAUAGAGAUCUGAUUUGGUGAGGUUGGGUGGAACUGGGAAAUGGUAUUGUAGAGCAUAACGUUUUGGUUUGUUAGGGAUUGGGAGCAGAAAAGGUAAAAUACUGUUCAAACGGUAAUGGUUAUGUUUGAUGCUGGAGUUAGGGGUCUGGAGGAUCUGUGUUCAGCAGCUCCCAAGUCAGCAGCUGAAUGGUGGAGGAUUUUUAUCCCACUGAGGGGUGGUACAGCUGGAGGAAAACCUCCUCAGCUGGAUUAUUUCUUUGGUUGCCUGAUCCGGAUCAGAUUAAUGCUUUGCAGUGAUAGUAAGCUCUUGGUUCCUUACAUAGAGUUUCUCUCUUUGGUCACACUCCAGUGCUGAUUCAGCUGUAUGAUGUUGUAAUCUUUUUCUUUAAUGCUUAUGACACUGUGGAUAUGUAUUGUAUUUUCUGUUUUUCUCCUUUUUAAAACUCUUUGGAAGCUGAAUAUACUUGACUGACCACACAAAUAAAGAACUGAAACUCUAUCCCAGCUUCUUCUCCCCUCGCUGGGUGGAUCACUGCUGGCUAUUAAAAAAUAAGUGGGAAGGCAGGAAGUGGAGGGAUCUAUUUCAGAACUAUGUGUUACUCCUGACUAUCUGCAGGUUUUUAUCAUUGACCCAGUGGUCCUACCUGGGUCACUUUUGUAUAACAUUUGUAAGUUAAGGGGGUACCAAAUUAUUCCUCUGCUGCCUUUUCAGCUGUAUUUAAAUAUGAAUUUAUCAUAAUUUCUAAAUUCAGCCUUGGGAAGGGAUUGGAGAGAAGAAAAAGAGGUAAUAGAGUAGGGAGGAAGGCAUGACUUCAAAACCUCUGGGUGCAGUGAAGAAAAUGAAUUCCACAAAUGAAGAUGCUUAGAAGAAUUAGUGUGUUUUCAAAGUUCAUGAUAAUUUCAUCAUGUACCACAAUCACAGUAGUUAUAGAAAUAUAUGUACAGUCACAAGAAUUUGUGUGGGUAUAUAUACACAUAUAUAAAAGAUAUAAAAAAAAAUAUAUAUAGUAAUAAACAGAAAGACAUAGAAUAUGUGCUCACAUAUUUUUUCCUCUGAGAAGGUAACUCCAAGUUGUCACCCUCUCUGAUAGUAGGCUAAAUGUAUCUUUGUUCAAGGGUAUUAUUUAUGCACGUUGCUGUAUACCUUUCUGUGUGAGAUAAAAUUGUUGUCCGAUCUCACAUUCAGAAUUAAAAUAUUUUAACAUGGUAAUUAAUGUUGAGUUUAUAUUUCAACUUAAUGACCAACCCAUCACUGCUGUAAGUGACUAACCAUUACCACGCAAGCCUAAACGUAUUGGUAUAAAAUAUUUUUAUUUAUGGUGAACCUAUCUGUGUAAUUGGCUGUGGCUCUGUAGUGGGAAGUAAAUGUUUCUGUGUCCAUCGUGUCUUGGAAUACAGCGAGGAGGAGGAAGUCUGUGGUAUCUGGAUUGCCUACCCUAACCCUCUCAGUAGUUAAUGGUGAUAUAAAAGGAGAUUUCUGUGGGACUGGCUGAGCUCAGUGGCCG